UCAGCCAUCUGGUGGUAUCCACGGGUACUUGAAUAGGUUCUUGGCCUCAGGAGAUCCAACCUUCCAACAUAUUGCAAUUUGGACACUCUUACAACUUCUGGAAUCUGGAGACGAGGAACUUACGGACAUGAUCAAGAAGUCUGAAGAUGUCAUGAAGAUGGUCCGCGAAAUCAGCGAGAAGACUGUCGAAUCUGAAGACGAAGGCGACGAGAGCGAAGAUGGCGAAGGCGAAGUUGUUGUGCUGGCAAGAAGAUGUCUCGACAUUAGUAACGGCGACGUUGCGCCUGGAAGCAAGACCGAUAGCCAGCCUUCGUCAUACAAGACGUAGGGGCAGCUUGAAUCGCUUCUGUCCUGGAACAUGGCUGGCGUUGGCAGCGGCACCAUCGAAUGUCGCUGAUUUCGGAACCUUCGCCUCCGCGCUCUUCACUGGUCGGCCGAUCUGAAUCGGGCGAAGUGGAACAUUUGCAUUAUGAAGUUUUACAGCGAGCAAGCGAGCAGAUCGAGAUUUCACAGCAUCAUACUGGCGUUUCGACAAGAGGCGCUUGUCCAAUAGCGGCGCCUAUUAGGGUGGGCGUGUACUUUUUGUUAUGCAAGGAUACGAACGUGCGUAAUUAUGGAGUGUGUAUUUGGAUGGACGAAUUGCUUGAAAGCAUGCUACUACUCUAUACCUCUACAGUUUGUGGCAUAAAUGGAUCAUGC